AUAAUAAAAAUGGGUUUGGUACGUGCAUUGGAGCAUGACCGAGAUUUCCAAACUGAAUUAGCCAGUGCUGGGACAAAACUUGUGAUUGUCGAUUUUACAGCAACUUGGUGUGGACCGUGUCAGAGAAUAGCUCCAGCCUUUCAGCAGUUAUCAACGAAAUAUCCGAAUGGAGUAUUUUUGAAAGUAGAUGUUGACAAGUGUGCUGAGACAGCGGCUAGCCAGAAUGUCAACUCGAUGCCAACAUUUAUAUUUUAUCGUAACCGGACUAAAAUUGACAGGUGUGAGGGUGCUAAUGCAACAGUAUUGGAAGCUAAAAUAGUUGAACAUUAUGGCAGCGGUGGUGGUGAUGACGACACUGAAGCUGUUGCUGGACAUAUGGACUUAUCCUCAUUUAUAAUUAAGAGCCAAUGUGAAUGUCUGAAUGAAUCAGACGACCAUAAUUUAGAGCACGGUUUAACUGCCGAAGGUUCUGGUUAUCUUGAAAGCGAUUGCGACGAACAGUUGAUUAUUUCAAUAACAUUCAGACAAGCUGUCAAAAUUCAUUCAUUGAAAAUAAAAGCCCCAACUGAUAAAGAUAAUCAAGGUGGUUGUGAAACAACCCAAAUAAAUCAUUUAGCAAUUUAUGGUUCACCAAUUGUGACAACAAAUAUGGGAGAUUUCAAGCGUGUAGCUGGAAAAAAAGGAGAAAGCCAUUGA